GUUUCUAGCAAACGAGAGAAACGUCACACACACUAUGAUACAAAUAUAAGGUUUUGAUUAAGACAUUUAAUAAUAUUAAUAAUAUACAUAAGAUAGUGGGAAAAUGCAUUUGAAUUGUAAUAUAAUAACACAUUUAUGAUGUAGCAAGAGGAUAUACACCCUCACUACAAAUCCCAUAAUCUACCUGUUCGUUUCCUUGGAAACGCGUUGUUGUCUCUUCGCCAGGUGAGUGGAUCUAUUAGAGUUGGGAAUAUGUACGGAGCUCCAGUGGAUUUAUCCUUCAAACACAUCAGCAGUUUGGAAGAUGCAUGGACAGAGGAACACAGCAGCACUCUGCGACCUUUAAAGAGAAAUCCAAAGAUGAAGUACCUAAGCUGCUCCCUUCGUCUCAAUAACAACAACAUCCCUGACCUUCAUGACCUCCAGAGGACUGUUAACCACUUCCUGGCUGAGCCGUCACGGCUCGCCUGGCUGGAUCUUUCCUUCAACAAUAUAUUACACAUAGAUCAAGUUUUGUGCGAGCUCCAUGAACUGCGUGUGUUGUAUCUCCACGGCAAUAACAUUUUUAUUCUGUCAGAGGUGGACAGACUGGGAGUGCUACCACAUCUACAUACCGUCACUCUGCAUGGAAAUAUGAUCGAAACCAACAAGGCGUACAGGAAUCGUGUGAUUUCUGCUCUGCCUCAAUUGAAGACGAUGGACUUCAGUGCCGUGACACGCCAGGAGCGAGUCAUGGCAAAGAUUUGGCAUCUGAGCAACAAACGCCGCAGAGGCAGCAAGGAGACUCUUAAGUGACUGCUUCGCCUCCAUCGUGGUGUGUUGAAACCAGUUUCACCCAUUUGUUCUGUAGUCCACAUCCACUACUCGAAAACCUCAUAUCUUGUUUAGCUGUGGUGAACCCAGCAAUGUUCCUUCAGGUUUUGUCCACUUUUAUUUGCUGAAAUGAACAGUUUUGUAGUAUUAUUGCAUAGUCAAAAGAGAAGUCAACCACUUGAUAAUAAAGUGAUACAUUUCUCUG